UUUGUUUUUUUUUUUUUGGCAUUUAAGCUACAUUGUGCCAUUUUAUUUAUUCUUUUUCAAUGGGGGAUACUGGAAUCCAUUGCUGAUAUCAUUAAUUUGCUUCACUUGCAUGCCUGAAUUGGAAACUAUAACACAUGGCUGGCUUGAAGGAUCAAUCAAGAGCUAAAAUACUACUUUGGGAAUAUUUUUUCUUUUAAUUUUUGUUGUAUGUUCUUUAAUGUUGAAAGUAGUCCUAAUGUAUGCUCAUCAUUGUUGAUGCCAUACGAUACAAGUCUUCUGUUUGGGAGAUGAACUUGUGGAAAAGUAUUAGUAAAACAUAAAGGUCAUACAUGUUCAAGCUGAUUUGGGAUCUAUCUCUUUCUGUACAUGCCAGAAACAUUGGAUGAACUCUAAAUAUUAUUCUUUUACAAUGAGUAUCUUGUGGGUUGAGCAGAUUGAAAAAUGUUUCUUACUUGCUACUAUAGGUUCCUUUUUCCUCCUCUCUUAUUGAUUUAUGGUUAAAGGAGUUGUAGGGCUUUUUAUUUAUUUAUUUUUGAAUCUGUUAAAACAUUCCUCAAUUGCUUUCCAUAAUGGAACUGUCAUAACAAAUACUUCAUACCUUAGCCAAACGAAUCCAUGUGGAGAAAGAAAGAGGACAAGAAACCUCUAAUCAUAUAUUUCACAAGCUCAUGGGAUUUUCCCUUAGUUCUGCAUUUGUGUCACACCAUUUCAUCAUAAGUUGCGAAGAUUUUGUUGAUACGUAAGCUCUCAACUCUCUCUUUGUCAGAGUAACAUCCUGAGAGCCGAUGCUAGUUAAAAAAUGCAGCUAUAUCAUCAUCCAUUUUCUUUAGACAGCCAAAAGGUAAGACUUGCUUUAGAAGAGAAAGGCAUUGAUUACACAUCAUUCCAUGUCAAUCCUAUAACCGGCAAGAAUAUGGACUCUUCCUUCUUUAGGAUGAACCCGUGUGCUAAACUCCCGGUGUUUAAGAAUGGCUCUCACAUCAUUUUCGACACCAUUGAGAUAAUCCAGUAUAUAGAAAGGAUAGCAGUUGUCUCUUCGGGUGCUGUCAAUGCUAAUGACCUGUCCUCUGGUAGCAGAGAAGUGGUUGAGUGGAUGCAUAAGAUACAAGAUUGGGACCCCAAAUAUUUCACACUUUCCCAUAUCCCUGAGAAAUAUCGCUGCUAUGUAUCCAGAUUCCUUAGGAGGGUUGUGAUUGCUCGGAUGGCUGAAUCACCUGAUCUUGCAAGUGCUUACCAUCGGAAGCUUAAAGAAGCAUAUGAUACCGAUGACAAGUUGAAAAAUCCAGAUGUUGUGAAAUGGAGCAAAGAUCAUCUCGUUAGACUUCUUGAUGAAGUGGAAACAAAGCUGAAUGAAGCAUCAUAUUUAACCGGUGAGGAGUUUACCAUGGCAGAUGUUAUGCUUAUUCCAGUACUGGAGCGUUUGGUGCUCCUGGAUUUAGAAGAUGAGUACAUAAGUUGUCGGCCAAACAUUGCUGAGUACUGGAGUAUAGUGCAGCAGAGGCCUAGCUUUAAGAAGGUAAUUGGGAAGUAUUUCAAAGGCUGGAGAAAGCACAAAACACUAAUGAAAACAUGGUGCUCUGUUCGAAUCAGAAGCGCACUGAGGAGAUAUUGAUGAAAACAGGUAAAUGUUAUUGAAUUUUAUGCUGUAAAUUAGAGAUGUUGAGAAGUGUGAGGAAAAAGAAAAAUCAAUUGUAUGUAAUUUUUCUUUACAAAUUUUCCCUCUUUAGCUUUCUGUUCUCUUGUUAUGGUGGUUUCUUGGUGGGAAGUUUUAUUUGGAGUGGAUCUUCAAAAUUUGACUCAUGUAAAGCUUAGCUUUUUAAGCAUGCGUAUAAUAUAUAGUUUGAUUCUCAGCUUUGUAA